UAGUAAAAAUGACCAAACCUGCAGCGAGCAGUUUAUAAUUGACAUGCCUCUCUGGUUUGACGUUUUUCUGCGUUUAAUUUUACUCAUAGUCUUGCUUCAAUCGUCGAGCCAGGCCAAUUCUAAAGGAGUUGAUGCUCGUAACAAAGGACACAAAGAAGCAUCAAGAGGUGCGAACAAACGCGGGACGAUAAUCAAGUGUUGCGGCGGACAAAAGUGUCUCAAUAAUGGCCAUUCUACUAAUCGUCGCUCACAAUCCGUGCUGAAAACCGAUGUAAACUUUACUACUAAACUGAGAAGCGCAAGACCUUCAGAAUUUUCAUUAUCUGAACAACUUUUGAGCACCACUCAGUUUACAAUUGUAGACAACAGUGAUGGCGAAUCGAGUGAUUUGCCUCCGUCAACUUUUGCCAGCCCUAAUUUGAGCGAUCAGUCCACAGUGCAAUUUGUCCAAGAAAAAACCUCCGAAUCAAUUUCAACCGCCUCGGAUGUGCAAAGUUCGUCUUCUUCUUUGGAAACAACCACUCCAUCCACAACAAUUACACUCGUAGAUGCAGAAACCAGUAUUUCUAGCACUUCAGCCUCAGAUUCCUCAAGCAGUGAAAAAGCAAAAACCAGCUCUGAUCUCACGACUAUUCUUUCCAAUUCGGCAACUUGGACCUCACCAGAGACAACGCAAUCACAAAUUUCGCUCUCAACUUCAACAACUACAACAAUUUUAACCACUACAAAUGUUCCGACCAACACAAAAAUUUCAACCACGUCAACUGUUUCAACCACUGCAUCAGUUUCAGCAACUACAACAACUCCACGUAACACGGUUACAACUUCAAUAACCUCUACAACUAUUGCAACUACCACAAAAGUUUCAACCACCACAACAACUCCGCCUACUACAACAACUUCAACGACCAUCAACCCAGCCCUGGUCGGAAAAUGCUCGACGAAGGAAAACGCCGCUGUGAACCGGUCCCUUUUUGCGACCAAUGGCGAGCUUGCUGAUCCGGAUUUGCACGGAUUCUGGCUGGACACGUGUGGCCAAACAUUUUUAUUAGGAAAAUCACUGGGCACUUGGCAUGAAAACUCAAACAAGUGUUUCGGCCUGAAAAUGCAGCCGUUUGCCAUCGAGAGCAAAGAGAAGCUCGAGUGCUUGAAAAAUCAAGCCAAGGGCUGGAAGUUCAACAUGAAUUACUGGACGGGCGGCGCAAAGGACUUGGCGAGCGGCGUCUUUGGGUGGUGCUCAGGGAACGGUUCCUCGCCCUGGAAGGACGUCCUGCCCCUGGUCAACCUCAGCAAGGACAAAAACUGCGUCCAGAUGCAAAUCAACAAAACGAGCGGCUCCGUUUCAAUCAGCGAAAGGCGGUGCUCGGACAGAACCAUUUUUGCUUGCCAGAGUCCGCCGACGAAAGGUCCCAAGUGCGCAAGUCCUGUUUGCCCAAACAUCACUUGCCAGAAGGAUCAACUUCUUUUUACUCCUUCGCCUAUAGGAAAAUCAAUGGUUCUAAAAAACGCUCGCUUGUAUGGCAAAUUGUUCACCUACAGACUGCGCAACUACCUCUUCAGCUACAGUAACGACUCCAGGACUUAUUUAGAAGCGACGAAGGCGUGUUGUGCCCUGGGCAUGUCCCUGCUUAGCUUGGACGCGCAACGCAAGUACGACGCCUUGGCCAGCAUCGGCAAACUUUCCGAAAUGGGCAACGAGGCUCAAAAUUUGACCUUCUGGACCUCGGGAUCGGACGAGGGCUGCGAGUCGGUUUUCGGAUUUUGUUCGGCCAAACGGUUGUUCCGGGGCGAGGAAAAGUGGCUGCCGGGACAGCCGGACAACGCCGGAGGAAAAGAGAAUCACGUGGCCGUCCACAUUUGGCGAGAAAAGCGACAAGUUCAGCUCGCCGAUUACGACGGACAGAAGAAAUUCAGAUACAUUUGCGAGAAAUUAAACAACCCUCAGUCGAAGAGUGCAAAGCAAGCGUUGGUUGACGAAUGUGCAAUCAUUUACGACGUCACCACUGCCGAAAUUGACUUGCUGCGAAAUAUGACAAAUUUUGAUGCACGGAUAAAGUGUUUUUUGCAUUGUGUUGGAGACGCUGUCGGCCUGCUGGUCGGCGGGAAUUUUGUGGCGAGCGAAGUUUUUGCGAUGCUCGAGAGUAUGAAUCUGAACGUGGACGCGCUGAUGAAAAACAUGGCCAUCGUGGACGAGUGCAACAAUAAGACUUAUGGAAUGGACGACUGCGACAAGGCGUACCAACUGACCAAGUGCGCCAGAGACAAGUCGCCGGAGGUUUUUGACCAAAUUAUCAAGGACCUGGACAAACAGGCGGCAGACAGUGAUGAACUGGUUUCUAAGUCGCUCGGAUGUGCAAAUUCUUCUUAUUCUAACUGCACCAUUGACGUAGCUGCAAAGAAAAGUCUAGACUCGUUGAAUCUGAACGCUUCGACGUGCGCCAACUACAUCAACGGCGCGUGGGCUUGCAAGUGCAGCAAUUCGAAAGUGUACAUCAUGAAAUUCAACGGCGGAUACACCCACAAUUACCUCGAAGCAUCCAAGUAUUGUUGCGAGCGAGGAAUGCGAUUGAUAAAGUCGGCCAACUUUUACGCAGCCGCAAAAUGCAUUCAGGCGUCGGGCCUUUCAAAAAUUACUGCAAACUCGUACGUAAAUCGGUUCUGGACGAUGACAGACUCGAUCGUCGUUGACGUGACCAGCGGAUUCACCUACGAUUGCAAAACGCAGACGGAUUAUCUGCCGCAAAAACGCGGUUUCGCGAUGAAUUUUGAUCCGAAAGCCGCGUACGACGGUGACACGCAGGUCAUGUGUGUCAAUCUUAAUUGGUCGGCGCCGCCACCAUUCUAUUUAUGUCCAGCCACCUCAAAACAACCCUUCAUAUGCGAAGAGAUUUAUUAAUUACGUUGAAAAUCAAGAAACAAAAACUUCUCUGAAAGUAAAU